CCUGGCGCCACCCCCUUCCCCCACCCUCCCGGCGCCCGCGGUUUCACCCUCGCGGCAGGUUGGUCGUCGCCACAGCCAGUUGCACAGUGGCGAGGUAGCGGCGAGGGGCGGAGGGGACACGUGCCUCCUUCAGUAACAUCUUCUUCUGCUCGUGUUGAGGCGAGGGGUCGGCGAGGACGUCAGGCUCAUGGAUGACUAACUGACAGGAAAAACGGCGGCGACGACCCAUUCACGCGGUGCGCGGGUGCCCUGUGAGUCCCUGAUGCUCACGACUUCCCCAGGCCACCCUCGCGCCCCCGACCCACACCUCGGCCAGCACGCGAGCCGCAGAGGACAGGCCGGCAGGAGCGAGCGGUCCACGCCCAACGUCACGAUGGCCAACCGAGAAAUCAACAUUCGCAUCCCUGUCCCCAACUUCAACGCCCUCUGCUGCUGGACCGCUGAAAAGACAGAAUUCAUGGCUGCCAUCAGGAAAAAGUUAGUUAUAGUAGGGGAUGGAGCCUGUGGUAAAACAUGUCUCCUCAUAGUAUUCUCCAAGGACCAGUUCCCCGAGGUCUACGUGCCCACAGUCUUUGAGAACUAUGUAGCCGACAUAGAGGUAGACGGGAAACAGGUGGAGCUGGCCUUAUGGGAUACUGCAGGACAAGAGGACUACGACAGACUUCGGCCCCUUUCCUAUCCUGACACAGAUGUCAUACUCAUGUGCUUUUCUAUUGACUCUCCAGAUUCCUUAGAAAAUAUACCAGAAAAAUGGACUCCAGAAGUCAAACACUUCUGUCCAAAUGUCCCAAUUAUAUUAGUUGGAAACAAAAAGGAUCUCCGUAAUGAUGCUACAACUAUUAAGGAACUUCAGAAGAUGAAGCAAGAGCCUGUGAGGCCAGAGGAGGGCCGUAAUAUGGCUGAAAAAAUUAAUGCCUUCGCCUAUCUUGAGUGCUCAGCCAAAACCAAGGAAGGUGUUCGGGAGGUGUUUGAAACUGCAACUAAGGCUGCCCUUUCAGUCAGGAUUAAGAAGAAUAAGAAAUGUACCCUUUUGUAAAGGAUGUAAGGGAUGAGAAGGAAGGCACAAUGCAGUAUGCCCAAGAGCUUGCUACCUGGAGGUUUGAAAUUGUACUGGCUCCCCUCCCCUCCCCUUCCUCUAUUGUGCUUUUCUAAGCUUUCUUUAAGCUGGUACAAUAGAAAACUGGUGAUGAGGCACUUGUCAUUUCUCCAUCAGUGCUUACAUGGUUUGAAGAAUGUGAGCUAAAGGGAUGCAGUGGUGUUGUUUGUAGUGACUUAGAUGAAAAUAUAUAUUUGUUUGCAGAUAGGUUUUGAAGUCAGUCAGUUUGCAUAAGUGAAGCAAGUGUAAUUUAUUGUCGUCAAUAUAUUUUUCCCUUAAUUUUUUGUGUAUUCUCAUUACCUAGGAAGGGGACAGGUUGAGGAGUGGUAGCUUCAGUUUCAUGAGGGAGUAGUUGUAGGUCAUGAGAACUUGCUGGCCUCAUUAAAAUUUGGUUGAAGUCCAGAAACAUACAACAGGUGAAAGGAUCCAACUUUAGUUUUGUCUACUUCAGGCAGCCGUUGUCUAAUGGUACUCUCAGAAGCCUCAUGGUAAGUGUGAGGAGUCGUCUCAUAUAUGCAUAGUAAAUGGUAUUGUGGCUUUAGUAUUUAGGCUGAUAUCUAUUACUUUUAACUUCAGCCUCUUUUUUAUAUUACUGAGCCGAUGAUGGGAGAGUUGAUGAAUGGAGUUGUAUGUUGGGAUGUUCAAUAAUAUAUACUUCCUUAUUUGAUGAAAUAGUUAUGUAUCACUGGGCCAUGAAAUACUACCAUGCUCUGGUCUGCUACAGAACCACUCAAGUGAAUACUGGUGGCAUAAAACUAACAAAAUUUAUAUUGGUACCCAUUGACUAUUCACUAGUAUAUUCUUAUAAUUUAUAAGUCCUUGUAAUCUUUUGUUUUAGUAUUUGUCUUUAGUUUGAAUAGAAGAGAAUUAUUAAAUUUGCUUAUUACUAUAUUUGCAUAAUUUUGUUUAAUUUUCUUUAUACCUGCAUUAUUUAGUGCAACAUUACAAAUGCCAAAUGACUUAAUUUAUAGUUUUAUUUGGUACUAAAGGCCACAGCUCACCCCCUAUGAGUCAAUUUAGAGCUGUGUCUUCCCUAAAAUUAUAUCUUACAUACCAAGACAAAAAUCAGUACAUGUGUAGUUAGAUUUUCUACUUGAAAAUUAUUUUGCAUCAAGAAAGCUACUUUCUCUGACCUUUCUCCAGUUUAGCUCUUGUCAGCUGCUGACAUACUUUGAGAUGAAAUUAUCCCCCAAGUCAACACCUUUAGUGUGUAAUACUGUGUGUGAUUUUUUAUAUUGAUUUGUAUGUAUGUACAAUCAUUGAACCAAGUUUACUAGACUUGCAGCUUCAAAUUAUUUACCAGCUCAGAAAGGAUCUUCGCUUGGUGAUGCUUCUUCAAGCCAGUGAGAGUUAUAAUUUCAUACAUAUAUAAAUAUAUAUAUAUUUAUUUUUUGUUCAUUGACUAAAUGUUGGUGUUUAUCAAAUUGAUAUUUGUGGUUUAUAUGUUGAGAUAAUUUAGGUUAGGCUUCUUGAGAAAUUGUUACCUUAGCAUGGACAAAACAGUGGCUGUUCCUGGGUCUCAUUGGCUUGUUGAGUCUGCACCAUGUAUUGCAAAGUGUUAGCUGAAUUGCUUUUCAUGUGUAUUCAACGCUAUAAUAUCAUGAAAAGAUUAUAUGUUUCAACAGUGAAUAGCUCUAAAAAUCAGUAUACAGCCAGUGUACAUCACAUUCAGUUUACCCUUUUGUAAUAAAUAUGUAUCCUUUUA